ACAUUGCAGGAUCGUCUUGAGGCUGGGACGGUUUAUUUGUUUACAUGGACAGUGUGGUGGAGUCCUGCUGAGAUUGUUAGGGAGGCAGGGCGGUAAGGGAAACUCAUUAGGCUGUACAUAGUCAGUAAGGGAGACUCUAUCCGCUGUAAAGAGGCGGUAAUAAGGAACAGGAAGAAACAAAGCGUGGCCAUGGAGGACAUCGAGGACCUGGCAGGCCUUGGUGUGGACGUAGCUGUUCCCCGUCACCGCAACUCUGUCAUGCCCCGCGUCAGGAGGAGGAAGAAGGCCCCAGUUGCUAAGGAGGGAGAGGAGGAGGUGAGGUGCCAGGACACUUGUGACAGCAUCGUGCCGGGGACGCAGAGUGUGUUCGUCAAGACCUGGGGGUGCGCUCACAACAGCUCCGAUGGUGAAUACAUGGCAGGCCAGCUGGCAGCGUACGGCUACCAGAUUGUAGAGGACAAACAUUUGGCUGACGUAUGGCUUCUGAACAGCUGCACUGUCAAGAACCCUGCCGAGGACCAUUUCCGCAAUGAGAUCAAGGCUGGGAGGGAGGCGGGGAAGAAGGUGGUGGUGGCUGGCUGUGUUCCUCAGGGUGCCCCUCGUUCAGAGUUCCUGGAAGGCCUCAGUGUCAUCGGAGUGCAGCAAAUUGACAGAGUUGUGGAGGUGGUGGAGGAGACAUUGAAAGGGAAUUCUGUAAGACUGUUGGGUCAGAAGAAAGAGGCUGGGAAGAAGACUGGUGGUGCCUCUCUGCUGCUGCCGAAAGUGAGAAGAAAUCCACUCAUAGAGAUCAUAUCUAUUAACACCGGCUGCCUUAACCAGUGCUCCUACUGCAAGACCAAGCAUGCCCGUGGGGAACUUGGCUCCUACCCCAUAGAGGAGGUGGUGGAGCGUGCCAGACAGUCCUUCACUGAGGGUGUGUGUGAGGUGUGGCUGACAUCGGAGGACACUGGUGCUUAUGGGAGAGACAUUGGCGUCACCCUACCACAGCUGUUGUGGCAGCUGGUGGAGGUGAUACCUGAAGGAUGCAGACUCAGGCUAGGGAUGACCAACCCACCCUACAUUCUUGACCACCUGAAGGACAUUGCUGAAAUCAUGAAGCACCCAAGAGUGUAUGCCUUCCUGCAUGUGCCGGUCCAGUCAGGCAGUGAUGGGGUGUUGGGCGAGAUGAGGCGGGAGUACACCGUCAAGGAUUUCAGUACUGUUGUGGAUUUCCUGAAGGAGAGAGUGCCAGGCAUCACCAUUGCCACGGACAUCAUCUGUGGCUUCCCCACUGAAACUGAGGAGGACUUUGAGGAGACGCUUCAGCUCUGCAGCAAGUACAAAUUUCCAUCUCUAUUCAUCAACCAGUUUUACCCACGGCCCGGCACACCAGCAGCCAGGAUGAAGAGAAUACCCACCAAGGAGGUCAAGAAUAGAACAAGGCGCCUGACAGAGCUGUUCCAGUCGUACCGUCCAUACGACCACAAGCUUGGAGAGAGGCAGACAGUGCUGGUGACAGAGGAGUCUCAUGACAAGCAGCACUGGGUUGGCCACAACAAGUUUUAUGAGCAGGUGUUAGUGCCCAAGAAGGAUGACUUUCUGGGGAAACUGGUGGAGGUGGAGAUCAUGGAAACAGGCAAGCACUACAUGAGGGGCCGUCCCAUCCACACCAGCAGGCCCAAGCCACCCUCCUCUGCUGAACCACUGGCCAGGGGGGUGGUGUCAGGGCUGUCAGGGGUAGGGGAUGUCCACCACACCAAGCAGGACCUCUUGAAGCAGGAGCGCUACAUCAUCCUCAGCUUCAUCCUGCUGAUCUCGGCUCUGCUGGUGAAGCUGGCCUGGGUGUGCUUCAAGAUGCUCAAGGAUUUCUGAGGUAGGGAAGGAGAACUGGCCACAAGGUUUUGUACUUUUGUGAAGCUGAAUACAUGACUGGUCACUGAA